GUAAGCCGUGCAAGCUUGUGUCCUUAAUUCGGUGCUUAAUUCGUCUCAUGGCGCGCCGCCGUUCCAUCAGCUUUCUACCAGUGCUGGCGCUGGCACUGGCUUUGCUGCAUACCGCCAAUGUCCCGCCACCUGAGGUGCUUCUGGGACAACGUUGUGUCAACAACUUGGAAACCUGGAGACGUUGCGGUGAUGUGGCCAUGGUGCGCGGAGGACUCCGGACCCUCAGUCAAAGAGGUCUCAUCUACUUGCUUUGCUUGAGAUAUCCGACGGACGGUCAAGUGGGUCGCAGCCCCUACUACAAGAUCGGCGGCACCCGCGACAUGGGGCAACGCUUGCAAGCCUACGUGACCUCCCAGCCCUUUGCACCCGAGGUCAUCAAGACCGUGGUGGUGCCGGACUGGCGGACAGCGGAAGCGCAGAUCCUGAAGGCCUUCCCCAAACCGGACGAUCUGGAUGGUGGAAAAGAGUGGCGCAGAUUCUCUCCGCAGGAAGUGCAGAAGGUAGUGGCUGAAAUGGACGCCUUUUCCUCCCUUUGGGAACUUCUCCCUGAAGAAGCUGUUUCUUUGCAUGCAGCCCAGAAGCUCCUGAAUACGGAGAUGCGUGUUGCGUCUUCAACUCCCUACAACUUCUACGACUUGAUCCCCAAUGACUUGGAGUCAAUCCACCAGUACGCCGCCCACGCGGUAUUGCACCAGUUCAGCCAACAAGAACAGCCUCGAGCAGCGGUCAUCAUGCCAGAACAUACCGGCUUGACGAAGGUGGGAAUCGAAGUGGUGAAGGCCAUGCUUCGCAGGGAUGACAAGAUUCAACGUGUGUUGGUGGUGAUGGACCACCUUCAGCUUGCAGGUGGGCUGGACCAAUGGUCCGAGCUCCGAGAUGUUCUUGGUGUAAACCCAAUUUGCGUUGUCGAUCGACAUCGGUCAGGUAGAGUAUAUGCAGCCGACUGGGCAAUAUCUGCAGGCCUGGAAAUAGCAGGUCGGCAAGUGCAGAUCAUAGACUCGUUGAACAGCGAUCAGCGCCAGGUGUUUCUUCUCCCUUUCACACGAUACAGUCGAUUAAAGUCUGCCCUGGAUCAGGUCAAGAACGUGAGCAAAAAGACAUUUGACUUAGUCAUUUGGGAAUCCAGUCUAAGCACAACAAUGGCUUGGUCUAGGUCUCGCGGUGGAUCCAAGUUAGAGAAGAAACCUUUCCAGGAGUGGUUUGAUGAUGACUGUAUUUCAGCGCGACACAGGCUGUUCCUUUCAAGCAGCACAGUUUCCUUUCGGUUCGCUCAAUUCACAGGUCUUUUCGAGAUUGCUGCAAUGCAACCAUUUGUGGCCAAAUAUGGAGCAAUAGCAUUUCAUUUGCCAAGAUCGGCAGCAGUGCAGAGGGGCCUCCUGCGACCAAUCAAGGUCUUGCACUCGUCUUCGUUGAGUCUGAAUUGUGUGAACCACAAUGAGUUCAAAUCACAGGCCGAAGCAGUUCAGCUAUUUAUGUCACAGUAUACACCAAACCGGGUGUAUGCGUUUGUGGCAAAACGGCUUGCUGCAGAGAAGCUGCAAGCUGAAUUCGAUGCCAUGUCACCCAAUGAAAGCAGACUCAAGUACGUUAGCAUUCUGUCGAACAUGAGUAUUGAGGAGCGUGUUGAUCGCUGCUCACAAAUCUUUGCUGCGGAGGAACCUGGUGUGGUGAUCAGUGUAAAAGUCAUUCUCAGAAACAGAAGCUCUCUUCCAGCAGAUGCAGCUUUGUGGUCAGCGUCCAAGACUAGCAGCAUUGACUGUGGUUAUAUGCUCGGCCUUCUCAGCAAGCCAUUUCCUGGAAGUCUUGGCCAGGGAGUGGUUUUGACUGUGGGAGAUAGUGCAGAGGAUACAACUCAAAGAUCUCAAAGUACAUUUGUGAUAGUCAUGGCAACGUUGGCAGCAGACGACCCAUUCAUAAUCAACAGCCUGAAGAAGUUGGUCGUGCUUUGUGUGGCACAAGGGAGAGACCUUCCACUGGAAGAAUGGCCCAACGAACUACAAGCCUUGAUGGAGUGCGACUGCACGAUGCCUCGACAAGUGCUUGCACAAGUGUAUGAGCUCGCUAGCCUUUCCCUGCCAGAUCAUGAUGCGCAAGAUUGGAACUUCAAAGCAGAGCUCUUGUCAGCUGUCCGAGUCCGGGAUGGUGAUGUGGACCUGUCGUUGAGCCACAAAGAGGCGGGCGUGGCUUUGGGUCUUUGGCUCCAAGAGCAGCGGAGCGCGGCACAGGAAGGACGCUUGGAGGUCCAGCGCUUCGAGCGUCUGGUGGAUCUCGGGGUGCGCUUCGAUGAGGGGCGGAAGACAAAGGAGACAAAGACUGAGCUUGAAUGGCAAAAGCGCUACAGGCAGCUGCUUGGCUUCCGGCUCCGUGAGGGCGACUCUGACGUGGAAGGCCUCAGCAGCUGGGUGAAGCUCCAGCGGAGGCGCUGCAAAGCCGAGAAGCUGCCGAAAAGCCAGAAGACUUUACUGGAGCAGCUCGGCCUGGACAUGGCCAUGAAGACUCGAAAGGAGGAAUCACAGAAAAAGAUCUCGGCAUUGAAGGCUUUCGUGCAAAGAGAAGGACACGCUGAUGUACCUUCCUCUCACGAAGAAGGCGAUGUGAAGCUGGGCAGCUGGAUCUCCCACGUCCGCUCGCGCUACAAAGCAAACCUCCUGGAUAAGGAUUUGGCACAACAGCUGAGAGAACUGGGCCUCUCUUUGGAGAUGAAGAGUCUCCAGUGGAAUGAUUACAUCUCGGCGCUGGACACCUAUGCGGACCGUGAAGGUCACGUGGACGUCCCAUUGGAUCACGUCGAGGGGAACUUGGCCCUGGGAAGAUGGCUGGAGAGUCAGCGAAGUCGUUCGCUCCAUGGAGGUCACCUGUUGUUUCCCAUGUUCGUUGACAGACAGUGCGUUGGGUGAGAACCAACUGCAAACACUGCAAACAAUUAAAGUGUGUUCCAUUUCGUUCCAUUUGGAGGUUUAGCACUUUUGUUAGGGAAGUGAGGUCUUCAUGGAGUAUACUACAGUGAAUGGGGGUUGAGUAGAUACUGAGGAUUGGAUUGCAGAUGCUUGCAGUCUUGUGGCAUGUAGGCACAGGGUCGAGCAACCCUCGCCAGGAUUGGAUCCUAAAGCAAAGGCUGAACUGGAGAAGAGAGGGGUGAACAUGGAUUCGGUAGCGGCAUGUUGGUUCUGGAACUAUCGACUUCUGGAGCGCUUCGUGAAGACAGAAGGCUGCUAGUCAUGGGUUUGGAGGUCAGGUAUUUCAGACCACAAAAUGUUCGAAGGACCUGUGCAUAGGAAGAGUGGAUGAACAAAUGCGUUGGCAAGUUACAAAGGCAACAAUGGAGGACAAAGAAGGCCCAAGCUCCCUUCAAGCAGCCAAGAAGAUGCGAUAAACACCUGAAGAGCUUGCAGCAUCAGAGUUGUCUUCAAGUCGUCAAUUCUGUGACUACAGUUCCCACCUGCUUUUGGGCACGGGAAGGUUGGGGUCAUCGUAAGGAUCUUAUAAAAUUACUGUGCCACAAGUCCUUGUCCCCUUGCGUCCCUGAUCAUCAACCUUUUUUCCGAAGUUCCAGACCCUCGCCCAUCCAAACCUGCUACAUAGGGCGAUGUGCAGGUGUGCAACGAUGUUUCUGGUUCUGGUUUCUUGCGCCCUUUAACUGAGGUCACACGCAAGUGCCGGAAAAUGACGACCUUAAAAGCGCCUUGCUGACAGCGAGCAAAACACCUGAACAUAUGCGCAGAGGAUCAUCCAAUGCAUGGAAGAACAUUCACCUAUUCGGAAUUCGUGCUUUCCUCAAUUCAAAAGAUCAUUUCAAGGUCAAUGACACUCUCCAUCAUACUAAGACAUUCUGUGUGGUGCCACUGGACAUAGAAUAUAAGAGCUUUUUUUGUGAACGACAACAGGUUCCACUGUUGGCAUUGAUGGUUGAGAUUGACCAAGAGCCACCAUGUGUUCACAAUAUGGCGAACCAUCAUGGCUUUGUUCAAAACGAUGAGGCAUCCCGUGACAAUUUUUGGAAACAACAGGCGCUGUAAAUGGUAAUUUGCUGUAACUUACUAUUUAGCUGAAGGGCAAUAAGAAUAACUGAAUUAAGGAUACCUUAUUGUGUCUCAGGCAGUGCUUUUGGACAUCCUCAAAAUCAUCCCAUGCCAAGCUGCCUUGAAAGCCAAGGGUGGAUAUACACCCAGCAGUUGAAGUUCCGGGACGGCAAGUUGUCACUAGACAAGAUCCAUGCCCUCCAAAAGCUUGGGGUCGAGCUGGAAGAGAAGCUGCCAAUAGGUGGUGAGAAUGCAAAGGAAAGUGCCGAGAAGAUCAAGAAGGAGCAGAAGCUGAGCAAGGUUAACAAGAAAGCAAAGAAAUGAAGACCGGACCCGCUCAGUGAUGUGAGUGCCGAGGUUCAGAGCCAGAGUUUGUCUUUAAAUUGGCACCCUGUUUGUGCAGCAGCGCAGUCCGUCAAAUGCCAUUGCUCUAGUGCCGGGCCUGUCGCUGUGUCUGGUGUCAUGACUUCAACCACGACUCUUGUCGUUCAACGGAUUGAUCCACAAGUCACACAUGCAAAAUUAGAAACUGAAGCUGGCCCUCUUGGUAAUAUGAG